UUUAAAAUUUUUUGUUUUGUAUUCAUUCAUCUAUUCAUUUCAUUUUCAUUUUUCAUUUCAUUAUCAAUUCAUACUUUUCUCAUAAACAACUUAAAAACGACUAAAAAUGAAUAAUACAGAAGUACAUGAUACAGUGCAAGCGGCCAAUAUAUACCUUAGCCGAUUAAAAUGGUUAAAUAGUGAACUAGACCAUGCAAUGAAACAAAUUCUAAGUACAUUUGAAGAAACAGAGGCCAAUGUUAGCAAAACUUUUUGUAAUUUUAAGGAAGCCUUUAUCGAAGCCCUUAAUAAAAGAGAAAAGAUACUAUUGGACAAAGCCAAAAAGACAAAAAUUGAAGCCCUGGCUCCUCUAAGAGAAUGCCGCAGCAUGAUUUUAGAUAAAAUUGAAUCUACAGUUAAAUUAAUUAAUACUGGGUCAGCAAUAAUUAGCUCCGAAUUUAAAAAUAUGGAAAUAUUUUCAAAAAAUGCAAGCUUAUUGGGAACUCUUCCGGAAGUUCCAGAGCUCAAAGAAGUGCCUUAUAUAAGUUUUAGUUAUGAACCAUCUCUAGAAAUUGAAAUAGUGGAUAAAUUGUCUGAGUUAGGAGAUAUUUAUAAGAUUCCUCCAGUACAGGUAGCUGAAUUAACAGAAAAACCUGGAGCAGUUUUAGUAGAAUGGAAAGUUGUGGUUGAUAAUGAAGAAAAGGUAACUGAUAUAGAAGAAUUUAGGCUUCAAAAGGCACUAGGAAAUGUACACGAAGAUAAACAUUUAGUUGUCAAUUUUCAUGAUGCUUACAAAGGUCUAGAUUGCCAGUUCCUCCAAAAAGAUCUUAAAGUCAACGAACAGUAUUCCUUUAGAGUUUGUUGUAAAUUCGAAGGUACAACCGAAUGGUCUCCAUGGUCUUUGCCUCAAGUAGGUUCUACCAGUCUUAAACCCUUUUCCUGGCAAUUUAGUCAAGAUUACGAGUUAACAAAUGAAUUCAAAGUGGCAAAACCUAAAAAAGAUGAUGUGGAUAUGCUGUAUUCAGAAGGUGCUCAAUUUUCCGCUGGGUAUGCGAUUGAUUUUAUGUUUUUAGAAGGUCACCCGAGCGAUGCAGUAGUGGGUCUUGUAUGUGAAGGAUUGGAUGAACUGCCAAAAAAUGUAAAGCAAUGCAAGGAAGGCACGUUUGUUAUUAACAGAAAUGGGAAGAUUAGUGUCGAUGGCGUGGAAAAGUCGACAGUUUUGCCAGAAUUUCAUAGAGGUUCUAAGGUUACUUUCACAUGCCAAGAAGUCAACGAUAAACUCAGAAUAAACAUUGACUCGAAAGAUCGAAUAGUUACAUAUGAUUGGUCCGUCAGUCCAGAUAUUAAAAUGUAUUUUGUUGCUCAAUUUUCAUCGGCCAACUGGAAGGUGAUGGUUGAAUAAGAAUAAGCUAAGCAAGAACAAAACAUUACUAUGGAUAUUGGUUUAACUGCUUUAACUUUAACGGAUGGAUUAUUAAUUUUGGGAAAUGACACCAGAAAAAUAUUUUAAAUUAUUUUUAUUACAUUAAAUUAAAUUUGAACCUAAAAAAUACACUUAGGAAAUUUUUGCUCAAGUGCUAAAAAAGUAUAGAAAAAGUAAUGAGAUUAUGUUUAAACAUUAAAAAAAUGUUUUAAAAAACUGUACAGUAUUAAAUUUCAACGAUCUGUUAAGAAAUAUGCAUAUCAUUCAUUAUAUACAUUGUUUCUA